UUUGAAAAUGACAUUUUAAUUGUAUUGUUUCACUGACUAAUACCUGCCUCUCUGAGGUAUGUCCGCCAAGUGUAAACACGUCCUUUAAGUCACGUUAGUAGCGUCUUUACGUGCUCAGCUGCUAAGCUACGUGCUGUAAACACAAACCACGUGACUCGCAGCUCUGGCCGUCAGCAGCUUUUUGCAGCAGCGGGACGAAUGACGGCUUAGACUAGAGGAAGUUAGUUCAGCCAGCCCGCACUACUAUGUCAUCUCUACACCAAUUGUACACACCACUGGACUGAGACAGAGGAAGGCAGCAGCAGCAGCAGCAGCAUUCAUGGAUAUUGUGGACUCUUUUAACCUUUUAAUACCCAGUGACCAGUUGGAUGACACCCUAAUCGUAGGUCAAAAUCUGGAAUGUGAAGCCAGUAAUGAGUUUGGGCCAGGACUCUGCCUUGAAGAUUCGCUGAAGAACAUGUUGAGUGACAAAGACCCCAUGUUUGGAUGCGCAAGCUCUCAAUUCAACUUGCUGGAUAGUGAGGACCCGACUUUUCAAAUUCCAGGCGCAACAGAUAUAGGUAGUGGUUCAACAUCUGACCUUGGUGGGGAACUGACAGUGACAGAGACCAAUCCAGUCAGGCGAGCUGUAGGCAGACCCAGAAGACGUCCAUGUAAUGUUGAACUAGAUACAGAAUCCGCGCCCACGGGACACCUGGAGAAUAAACCUUUAAAUAGGCAACAGAAGUCGUUUUUGAUCGACGAAGGAGUUAAGGGCGUGCAACUGAAGAAGGAACUAACUCUGGGUGGGCGCAUCAAUAUCAACCAUCUUGAAGGCGGAUUAUGGUUAAAACCUUCUGUUGUGCUCAAACGACUGACCGUCACCAUUGGAGGAUUCAAAAUUGAACUACUCCCUGGACCGUCUUAUCUCCAUGAUGCCGACGCUAACUUUGACAGUAGUUUUUCCUACGGCGGCGACAUUGGGUUUACUAUGUUGUCCGAAGAUGCCGUUAGUGUGUCUAAUUCUGAGAAAGUUCCCCACUUGGAUGAUGCCAAGAAGAAGUGUGUAGAUGAUAUUCCCCUUGGACUGGGUCCCUACGUGAACCCAAAUGAUGUCCAGGCGGCUAAUGGGAUGGAAAGUAAAAGUUCUUUUCCACAGGAAUCUGGAGUUGACAAUCAGAAUGUGGUAGGAAAACAAAAGCCUGACAAAGAUGGUGUUAAAUCGCCACCAGACAAUGGAGCAGCUAGUAACACGGUGGAUGUUAAAGAAAGGAAAGGAAUUACAGCCAAAAACCUACUCCAAUCCAAGCAACCGCUUAAUUCCAAUAAGAAUAAAGGAUUGAUUCCAUGUGAACAAAGCAGCAUGGCUAAGGGAGCUAACAUUUCCCAAAGUGUACCAUCCAGAGUUGUCCAAAGAGAUGACCUUCCUAAAUCAAAAUGUAUUAAAUUGAAGAGAAGUAGUGAAUCUUUAAAAAGGCCUGGUGAAAACAACCCAAGUGAGCAUGCUUCUAAACUCCAAAAGAUGCACACAGGAGAAAACAAAGUCAAGCCUAUUUCUCCAGUGAAAAAGACGCCAUCUAGUGGCUACCAUGCAGUUGAGCAGCACAGUCCAACCAAACCCUCCCAUGCUCAAAACUCCUCACAUACCGCCCGUCCAGGCCAUUCUCUCAAAACGCCAGAAGAAGCCGUACAGGAGAAGCCUAAAACAAAGAAGCUGGAAAAGAUCCUUCAAAGGCAAAAAAGUAAAACGUCAAGAAGCAUCUCGGUGGACGAACCACAGCUGUUUGUCCCAGAUAACGCUCCGGCUGUGAAGAGGGAAAGUAUCGAGGAGCAGCCUGCCAACAGUGAGUCUGUGUGGGAUGGAAACAACUGCUGCGGUUUGUGCAAGAAACACCACAACAAUAUGUUCAUGGUUGGCUGCGGCCGCUGUGACGACUGGUUCCACGGCGAUUGUGUUGGUCUCGACCUGCCUAAAGUACGUGAGAUGGAGGAGGAAGAUGAGAUGUACGUGUGCUUGAAGUGCUGUGAGGAGGAGAGCAAAAAGGUGGAACCUGACCGCCCGACCGGACCCGUGCCCGAAAUAAGAACUGGCACACCGGAUCAUAAGCAGGCUGCCAAUCCAAAGCCAGGAUCCUCCCAGGCACUGACAUCAGGGAGUGUCAGAUCAGUAAAGAAGGAACCAGGUAGAAGAUCGUCUACAGAACCUUCUCAUAAAACAGGAUUUCCCCUCAAACUUGAGGCAAAAGUUAAAUCUGCAUCUUCCACUUCAAAAAGGCGUGCAUCUGUGGAGGAGAUCAGGCGCAGCGUGCGUGAUUCUCUGAAAGAAAUCCUUAUACAGAGGUUGAAGGACUCUGACUUGAAUAUACCUGUGGAAAAAGCGUUAGAAGUUGCCAAGAAGACAGAGAGAGAACUCUUUCAUAUGUAUAAAGACACAGAAAACAAAUACAAGAACAAGUAUCGAAGCUUGAUGUUUAACCUUAAAGAUACUAAAAAUAAUGUUCUCUUUAAGAAGGUUCUCAAGGGAGAAAUCUCUCCUGCUAAUCUAAUCCGAAUGAGUCCCGAAGAACUGGCUUCCAAGGAAUUGGCUGCUUGGAGGCAAAGAGAGAACCGACAUACAAUUGAAAUGAUUGAAAAAGAGCAAAGAGAGGUAGAGAGACGCCCAAUCACAAAGAUCACGCAUAAAGGGGAGAUUGAGAUUGAGAGUGAAGAACCAGUGAAAGCACCUGAGCCCGUGAAGGAGGUUGAAUCUCCAGUCAAAGUGACAGAAGCCCCUGUAGAACCUUCGAGUGGUCCUGAGAAGGUCGAAGAGAGCACAGAUGAAGAGAAAGACACCACCAAGCAACACAAGGCUCAUUUAUUUGACCUCAACUGCAAGAUCUGUACAGGUCGUAUGGCGCCCCCUGUGAAAGAGGCGCCCACCAAAGUGGUUAAAGUUGCUACUACGGUGGCAAAGAGGCAGUCUACCAAAGGAGAUGAGGCGUGCACUGCACCCCCUGCUGUUGAGGACGACUUGCAUCUCUCUGUCCUAGAAGAGAGCUUUCAGAAGGCUCAGACCAGCUAUGAGCGAAGGUCUGAUUCUACAUCUGGUGGAGAUGAUGACACGUCGUUUCUCUCCACUCUGACAUCCCUGUGGCGAGGUUUCAUUACUAUGCACUCUGUGGCCAAACUUGUCACAAAAGCUUUCCCUGUAUCUGGCAAUUUGGACAACUUGACUCAGGAUUUUCCAGACAGCAUCCAGGUUGGUGGGAGGAUAAGUCCCCAGACUGUGUGGGACUACUUGGAGAAGAUCCGUGCAACUGGAACUAAAGAAGUGUGUCUGAUUCGCUUCUCCCCUGUGACCGAGGAGGACGAGAUCUCCUACACUCUGCUUUAUGCCUACUUCAGCAGCAGAAGGCGUUUCGGGGUGGUGUCAAACAACCGCAAACAAGUGAAAGACAUGUAUAUCAUUCCUCUGGGUGCUACUGAAAAAGUGCCACAUCAGCUUGUGCCCUUUGAUGGACCUGGUCUCGAAAACAACCGAGCCAACCUUCUGCUGGGACUAAUAAUUCGCCAGAGGCCAAAAAGAGAUUAUCUUCCUGUUGUCUUGAAUGAAGCAGCAAGGAUGUCUCCUGAAGUCAAAGCCGUUCCAGUUUCUGUGAAAGAAGCGCCUGCAGAAGAAGAAGAUGAGAAGCUCUUCUUGGCCUCCUUGACGACUCCGAAUAAAAGCGAGCAGGAAAAACUCCUGGAGACUGCGGAGGCGACGGAAGAGCCGAUCACUGAAUGUUUUGAGGAAGCAGCUCCUUCUGGGAAGAACAAUCCGGAGUCCCAAAAGCCUCUUCGCUUUCUUCCUGGCGUGUUAGUGGGCUGGGGUGGAGAACUACCGCCACUCCCCGAUUUUGGAGAGACCCCGAAAACCGAAGCACUAACGAGCGCAAGCUCCAAGAGUCCGACUGCCGCUGCUCCCCGAGAACGCUUUGUCAUUAAGAAAAAAGAAGUGAAACCCGUCCAAGCAGAACCGGCGUCUCCCUGCCAGACGGAGGCUGUGAACGCCUCAUCGGGAAAAGCUGCUGAGGCGGCGCCCCGAAGUGCUCCCGUCACCCUGAGAGAUAAGCCGCCGGACGUAUCGACCGACGCUUUCUUGGAGAGCUUGUCGGCGACGACACAGAGCCGGGAAGAAGUGAGCAGCAGCCCCAACCCGGAGGACGCCGCUCUGUUCGCCGAUGCAGACAACAUGAAGCCGGAGUCCCAGGCGGCGUCAGAUCACACUCAUCACUCCAAAGCUCCUCUAAGUGGGAUUUUGAAAAAGAUUUCCGCCUAUUCGAGUGCGACGGAAAAUAAAGCCAGUGAAAGUUCCCCUAACGCUCCUGCGGAGACCAAACCUGCGCCUGUGUCGUGCGGCGCUAAGAACAGCCCUGUCACAACAUUUCAUCAGGGCCUGUUACAGAUGUCUCAGGCCAAGCAGAAGUUGAAGGAACAAAACCAAAGUGAAGAUCCGGCUGAGGUAAGAUCGCCUUCAACUCUCCCAGCAUGCAUCAGUGCUGCAGCUGUCGCCCAGCAGCAGCCUGUUCCCAACUCCUUCCACAACCCGCACGUCCAGGACCAGAACCAGGCCACAGACGAGGCCCCCCAGGAGGAGCAGCGCUACACCUACUGCCACCCGUGGGAGAUGCCGCGUCACAGCGAGGAGCGGGACGAGGGCGAGGAGGAGGACGAGGAGGAGGGCGAGGAGGACGGCCAACACCAUCAUCAACAUCACCGCGGCGGCAGCAGACACCGCAGGGAUUCUCACCACGGGAAGAAGAGCAAGCACCACAGCCGGGAGCGCGAGAGGAAGCACGAGCGUAACCACGACGACAAGCAGCGAGAGAGAAGCAGACACCACGCACACGGCGAGGACCGAUUCGGCGAGAAGAGGAAAGAGCGAUACCACAGCGACGACUACAGCAGCCGCCACAAAGAACGCCACCGACAUCGGCGGGACUCGGACUAUGAGAACGGACGCAGGGGCUCAAAAGACUCCAAUUACUCCUAAUUAUUAGUUUUUUAAAGGAAUUCCAUCGAUGGUGUUUGGUGCUCUGACACUCAUUCAAACCACUUCUGCUUUUUAUUUCAUCAUCACGUCCCUCCUUUGACCUUUUUGUAUGAAGUCAUAAACGUCAUCACACUCACUUGUCCAUUUAGAACCCUUAACUCAACCUCUAAAGUUUACCGAGCACUUCAAGCGGUGGUCCUAACAUCUUUAAUCUUAGUAUAAAAACACACAAAAGUAUUUCAAUCGUUCAUUUGUAAAGUGAGCGUCGUCACUUUCUCUCCACCGUUCAUCACUCCCCAUAUCAAAUUUUAACCUUUUAUAUUCUAAACAUCUGCUUUGUGUGUACUGGACAGUCCUGGUAGUAAUGAUAAGACGUUCUUAUACAUUAGGUCAGUUUUUUUUAAGAGUUAAGACCUUGGCCACAAAAGGAAAACUAUUGACUUUGCCUACGUUCCCAACUCGGCUACUUCUUUUUUUGUUUUUUUUAAAAGAUUGCUUUAAAUAUUUUAUAGUCUUACUCUCUAUUGGCGAAGUGCGAUGUACAUUUUGGCUUGUAAUAUACCUUUAGAGAUGAAGUGUGCCUUUGCACCUGUGUAUGUACAGUUGGUAAUAAAGCUCAUUCUUUUUUUAUUGUU